AACACAGCCAUUAGAUUCCGGAAAUUAACAAACUCGUGAUGUCAGGAGGAGUGGGAGAGAAACAGACAGCACAGGAGAAAUUUACUUGUAUUUCGUAGUAUUUAUGGACUGUAGAGAAAUGACAUCGUCGUAUGAUGGAGUUUACGCGUGAAAUGAGCGCUGGACAUGUUUCGGGGAGAUUGUGGAUGAUCGCUGGUCCAAACUGAAAGUGUUUUCCGGUGCUUCCUAUUCCAGAUCGACGUUUCAGCAAACAUGACGCGACUCGCAUUGGAACAAGUGACUGAUUUCGGCGAUUUCACCAAAGGCAAGGAUCUAAAAGAGUUUUUCAAACAGGCGUACUCCAACAUCUCAUCUCAAAACUGCCUGUCCGAUGUGCGUCUGAGUCCCGAUGGACGUCACAUUCAUGUCAUUGUGCGUCAGCCCAAAAGUGGUCUUAUGACACAUGACAAAUAUCAACGACCUCAUCUCAUGCAAGGCCAGAAACACGUUGAUUUAGUGCUAACUGGAAAUGUUCCUUUAGUGGAUGUCAUUUAUAUCCCUCAAAGCAAACCAGAAGAUGGAGCCUCUGUGCUGGGAGUCAUUUUUGAGAAUGGAAGAGUGGAAUUCUGGAAAUUCCUGGAGUGCAAAUCAGGCUGGCAUUUACUCCAGACUGUGGAUCUGUGUAACAGCCCUCGUGCUAAAGUCAUUUCUGUGUGCCUGUCUCAGAAUUUCAUUAUAUGGUGUGAGGAGCGACCACCGUCUGAGAACUCUAACAGCGCGUGCAGCAACUUCAGAUUCUGCAUUUGCAAAAAGACUAUAGAAGUUAAUGAAGGAGGCGUCAAUUUAGGAAAUGUGAAAAUUGCAUUGCACAACAAUCCUCGAUACACAACCAUAAAUUCUGGGGAUUUGGUUUAUCUGCUUCCAGACUUGAGGGAAAACUCUUCCCUGGGUGUUUCGAAAGUGUUUCUUGCAUGGUCUCCUGAACAUGACACUUUUAAAGUGCAUAGUGCAUGUAGCUGCACACUUAUGAAAAGCUCAAGCAAGGAAUCUGACUUCAAAAGACUUCUUACAGACUGCAUUGGCUUACUAUCCACCAUAAAUCCUCCUGAUAUCUGUGGAUUCUCUCCCACUGGAUCUGGAGACCUCCUUCUCCUUCUCAGCACUGGUUGGGUAUGCAUUAUGAAGAGGGAAGGCGGUCUUCACAACAUUUACAAACUUCCUGAUAAUUCCCUAAGCGCUAGCGGGACCCAAAAUAGCCUGAAAAUAUAUAACCAAAUCCUUGCACUAACAAUAGGCAGGACCCUCUUCUUAAUCGACACUAACUGUGGUGUGGAAUUAGAACGAAUAAGUCUGAAAACAGAAGGUCUUCUCUUUGUAAACACUUCAGACAGUCACUCUCCACAAAUGCUGUCAGAAACCGGGUUGUUUGUGGUCACGCAAAAACCGAAGACUUCUCCAACGCUUUCAGAAGACUCAAGUGCGUUCUUGGUUGAGUCCGUCUUUGAAGAGGCGUGUAAAUACUAUCAGCAAAGAAGUCUAAGUAGCACACAACUAACGGUGGAGAAGCUCAAAAAAGGCGGGAUGUUUCAAGCGCCCAUAUCGCUAGCUGCCAUCCUCAGGGAUUACCUCAGCAACCAGAAAACCAAAACUGGCGAGAAACAUUCCACAGGUCAAGAACGGCUCAUGAGCUCGCUCGAAUCAGAACUUAAGAGUCUUGUUUUGCUGGAGGACAUCAAGACAUCAAUGGUGAAGGCUUCGGAGAAAGAUCUGGAGAACUAUUGUGAAAGCUUAGUGCAGCAGGAGAUCUGCCGGCUGCUUAACGGUGAGCUAGAAAAGGAGAAUCUUCAAUACCUGAACGGCAUCUUCCAUCUCUUUCCCACUUACUCCUGGCACGCCAUGCAAGCGGUUCUGCACCUGAGGUGCAAUGGUGAAGGUUUGUUGUCAUCUAAAGCUCCUGCUGAGUUGUGGAAAAUCAUCCUCAGCCCAGUGCAAGCAACAGCCAACUUUGCCCACUGCAACGGUCAGCAGAAACACACUACUCUGCCUGUUUUUGAGCUCUUGUGCCACUCCAUCUUCAAAUUCCAGCCUAGCUGGCUCCCCAGGUUUCUUGAACUGGCACAACAGCAAUCAGCCUCCAAGUCUUCUUGGGGUUUUGGGAUGAAGGAGAGCUCUGAGAGCUUGCCGCUCUAUAAACGGGCCUUGACAGUGCUCCCUUGCAAAGACACCUACCAACACCUGGAAGUAGAGCUGCUUUUGUGCAGCGAGCGGCCUAAAGCGAUAAUGCAAGCAUUGCGGAUUCUCAUCAAGCAAAGCCAGUGGGAACGAGUUACGCAGGUAGCUGAGAGGUUCUGUAGACAGAGCCCGCUUUUGAACAAAGAUAUUUUCAGUGCUCUGCUGUGCGAAGUGUCCCAACAUAGAGACCUGGACCCGUAUUUGGACCUGCUGUGGACUCUUUGUCCAGAGGACAUGACUGUGACGAGCAUACUUAACAUUGUAUUGAAAAACCUGCCUGAUUCGACGCAGAACUCGGGACCUUUCGAGGCUCACGGAAGCCAGGUCACCAUCGGGCUUCUGAAACCGCUGCUCAGGAAAGUUCUCCAAAGGGAGACCAAACCGAGCCAAAGGUAUGCAGAUAUCCUUCAAUCACCCACAGUUCCUCCGCUCACUCCUCCACGCCAGCCAAAGGGACUGUUUAGAGAUGCUGAGCAGCAGGAAACCAAGCAGAGGACUUCUGCUGGAUCUCAAACCAGACUGGUCUGACUUUCCCACUUGCAAAAUCACGUCUGACCCUUUCCUUAGAUGUUCUUAAAAGAGUUUAACCCGAAAUUAAAUUCUGUCAACAUUUACUCAAACUCAUGUCAUUCUAAACCUCUAUGACUUUCUUUGGAAGUUUUAAGAAUAUAUUUAACUGUUUUUGUACAUGCAAUAAAACUGUAAUCUAAAACACACUUUGAACCCCAUUGACUUUCAGUGUUCUACAAAACAAAGUGAGUCAUACAGGCUAAAACGACAUGCAGGUGAGUAAAUGAUGACACAAUUUCAUUUCUGGGUCAACUGUCGCUUUAAGAAGUAUUAUCCACCUUGCAUGGUCCGAACAAAUUUAGAGCUUCUUUGGAUCUAACUGUAUUUCAUUAUCUAUUACAAUUGUAAAGUAUAACUCACAACUACUGCUUUACUUAUUCCUAAUAUAGAAUGUAAUAUUAUGUUGUUUUUAUGUUUACUUGGUUUGCUGCAUUUCAGCUGACAUGUUUUGGUGUCUUUUAAACAGUAUUUUCUCUUUCUUAACCUUCAGAUGUGUCUGUUUUAUGAUCAGCACAUGAAGGCAUGCUGCCUACCCUGAUUGUAAUGCAAGGUCAGAGAUGACUAAGCAUUAUCCACAUUUUAUGCUCUAGAUCUUUUAUUUUAUAAACUCUUUGCGUAACAAUGCCUUUGUCUCUGUUGACACUACAGUUAUCAUAUGCUGGUGUAAUUAUUUUAAGAAAAUCACAUGGAAGGUGUAAGCUAAAAACUGUAUUCGUUAUUAAUAAAAAAAAUGUACAGUAAUAAAAAAUGUAAUGUGCAUGCUGAUGCAUUGUACAUUUUAGAUUUGGUCAUUUCAUGUUAAAUAUGUUUUCAGGAUUCCUCUUGUAUUUAGUGCUAUGACAGGGAUUUUAACAUUGUUUAAAACAAUUAAAUAUGACUCUCAUGUA